AUGCCUCAGGAUUUACCGCCUACCGGAGGCUAUGAGGCCGUUCAGUAUAGGCGUAACCUACCUACUCGUGGAUUCAGACCGGUGUGGUACCUCGUUGGUGUCGGUCUCAUCAUGGGCUACGGCUGGCGGCAACUUUUCAAAGGACAGCGCGAGAGAAUUGAGCUUUCGCGGGAGAAGAUGUGGGCUCGAAUCCACCUGACGCCCGUGAUGCAGGCAGAGGAAGACCGUGACCAGGUCAGAAGGUACUAUGCGGAUCUGGCGCGAGAAAAAGAGCUGCUGGGCAGCCAGAGCAAGCCAUACAAUAGUGACAGGUAA